AUGAUCUAUUCCACGGCUUCCAAGAUCCUUAACUUCAUCGCUCGGCGUCCUUCUCCUACCGGCUUCAUAGACAGGCCCAGUGCGGCUCCUACAGACCGUCACAAGAAACUGAAUUUGAAGAACCUCCAAACGGUUUCGGUUAAACUGAAACUUGCACCACGCACGGCUAGUCCGGAAGAGGAGCAGGAUCAUGGACCAAAUCUGGUCACGGAGCCAUAUGAGAAGGUCAUCUGCGCUCCAUUAGACUACCUGCUCUCGAUUCCAGGAAAAGAUAUCCGAGGCAGAUUGAUCUCCGCUUUCAACGAAUGGUUUAAACUACCAAGCCAUAAGCUUGUCCUUGUCAAAGAAGUGGUUGAUCGGUUACACACAGCAUCACUUCUCAUUGAUGAUAUCCAAGAUGCAUCACAGCUCCGCCGAGGCCACCCUGUGGCUCACGAGGUUUUUGGCGUAGCCCAAACCAUCAACGCGGCCAACUACACAUAUUUUCUCCAACAGGAACGACUAAAUGAGAUAGGAGACCCACGCGUAUUUCAUAUCUUUACACGAGCACUACUGGAUCUACAUCGAGGUCAGGGGAUGGAUCUCUACUGGCGUGAUGCAGUGGUGUGUCCCACAGAAGAGGAAUACACUCUGAUGGUGAUCUAUAAAACUGGGGGUCUGUUUCGACUAGCACUUGAUCUGAUGCAGAUUCAAAGUUCUGUCACUGAGGAUCUAUCUAAAAUGGUGGAGCUAUUAGGUACUAUUUUCCAGAUCCGUGAUGACUACAUGAAUCUGCAGAGUGGACUUUAUACCGAGAAGAAAGGUUUGAUGGAAGAUUUGACGGAGGGCAAGUUUUCCUACCCAAUAAUUCACAGCAUUCAUGCGGCGCCCGAAAACGCGACGCUUAUCAAUAUCCUCAUGCAGCGCAGUGAGGACGAAGUGGUCAAAAAGCGUGCCAUCAAGUAUAUGGAGUCGACUGGGAGCUUCCAGUAUUGUCGGGAGACUUUGAGUCGACUGAGCAAGCAGGCACGCAGUCUUGUUGAAGAGUUGGAAAUUUUACUGGGUCCCAAUAAGGGAAUUCAUGGUAUCCUUGAUUUACUUCAUGUCCCAUCAGCGCAUGGGAAUCCCGGUGUCUGA